UGCUACCGAUGUAUCCCAUCAAUUAUACAUUGUUUUAUUUAUUUUUCUACCAAAAUGUCGUUCGAUCAGAAAGAGAUUUUCAGUUUAAUGUACAAGCUAGCGCGGCUUAUAGUUCCUGACACUCGUGUUGAAUAUGAUUCAAUGGGGGCCAUUCAUGUGCCCCUCGAUCGUCUGUAUGGUCCGCAAACAAUGCGUUGUUUACUGAAGUUUCCAAUUGGUGGAGUUAAUGAACGCAUGCCAAGACCACUUAUUAUAGCAUUGGCCAUUAUCAAAAAAGCCGUUGCAGAGGCCAAUAAAAUGUUCGGUCUAGAAGAGCGGUUGUGCGAGGCUAUCUCUCAGGCUUGCGACGAUAUUAUAUCUGGCAAACUUUACGAUGAGGAACAUUUUCCACUAGUUAUAUGGCAAUCUGGCUCUGGCACACACACAAAUAUGAACGUAAAUGAGGUAAUUUGCAAUCGUGCAAUCGAGAUACUCGGUGGUCAGCUGGGUACAAAAAAGCCGGUGGAUCCAGAUGACCAUGUGAACCGAUCACAAAGCUCCAAUGACACCUUUUCUACGGCUAUUAACAUCGCAGUCGUUAUGCAGUUACGCGAUAAACUGUAUCCAGCGUUGUCGCUGAUUAUUGAUAUAUUAGAUAAAAAGUCAAAUCAGUGUAAGGACAUUAUCAAAAUUGGACGUACCCAUCUAAUGGACGCUGUUCCACUGACACUCGGGCAAGAAUUAAGCGGCUAUAAGCAACAACUUGUCAACUGCCGGGAACGAUUAGACACUAGUCUAAGCCGGCUAUAUCAACUCUCUCUUGGCGGCACCACGGUCGGAACAGGAUUCAACACUAAAAAGGGGCUUGCAGCUGAAUGUGUGAAAGGUGUAUCCAAAAUAACAAGUCUACCUUUUGUUGAUGCACCUAACUUGUUUGAAUCUAUUUCGUCAUGUGAUGCCAUAGUUGAAGUUCAUGGCGAGCUUAACACUCUAGCAGCAAGUACAAUGAAGAUAGCGAAUGAUAUUCGGUUCUUAGGAUCAGGUCCCCGAUGCGGUUUGGCUGAGCUGAAACUCACAGAAAAUGAACCGGGUAGCUCGAUUAUGCCAGGUAAAACGAAUCCGACGCAAUGCGAAGCUCUCACCAUGAUUUGUGCUCAGGUCAUGGGCAAUCAAGUAGCAGUUACAAUAGGAGGUUGCAGUGGAAACUUUCAACUUAAUUGCUUCAUGCCGAUGAUUGCAUCAAAUGUGCUACGCUCGAUAACACUUUUAGGAGAUGGAAUUAAAUCUUUUAGUAAUAACUGCCUCAGCAGUAUCGAACCAAAUAUAGUCAGGAUAAAUAAUAUUAUGAGUGAGUCUCUGAUGUUGGUCACUGCUUUAAGUCCUCAUGUUGGGUAUGAGCGGUCAGCUGCAAUAGCUAAAGCAGCACAUCAAAAUAACACAACUCUCAGGGAGGAAGCUAUUAUUGCAGGCAUUUCGAAGGAUGACUUUGAUCAGUGGGUGCGACCUGAUAAGAUGUUGGGUCCCAAUUAGCUGUUCUAAUAAAUUUUAAAUAAAGUAAUCAUUAUAAUCAUAUCUAUUUGGUGAUUCCCUUAAUUAAAAUAUAUUGCUAAUAUUGUUA